GUUGCGUGCUUAAGCUGCAGGAAAACGGAUCCCAAAAAAGUCGAGCAACAUGAGGCGAGGUUACCUAAUUCCGUUGCUUUUGGCCAUGGCCACAAUUUACAGUUGCCUGCCUCCGGUUGCCUGCGUCUAUGAAGAUAAGAUUUUAUCCUUUUUGGAGGAGUUUCGCAAGCGAAUGUGCCAUCCGAUCCCAAAUUUAGGAUUACCCGCAUUAGACCCACUGCAGCUGGAUCAUGCAGAUACAGCUGUAAACAAUCAAUACCUUAUAGAUUUCACUGGUUCUGUUGACAACUUUAAGCUGCAGGGAAUUUCGGAUUUCUAUGUAGAUACGCUGAAGAUUAAUAUAGUUCCUGGAAUUCAACGAAGCGUAGUCAACGUCACCUUUCCAUACACCUAUUUUAAAUCCCUAUAUACAGCUAAGGGUUCCUUGGCCUACAUCCUCAAUCUGGCUGGUGACGGCAAUGCAGAAAUGUCAAUUAAGGAUUUUACGCUCACAAUUUCAUGGAGAAUUAAACCUUCGAUAAAUAUCGGCAUUCAAUCGCUGCAAAUCGAGUUGCAUUUGGGAGAUUUGAAAAUUAAUUUCGAUAAUCUAAUGGAAGAGGAGCGUAUUACUGAUUUUAUACAUGCGCUUGUUAAUGAAAUGGGUGUUGAAUUGCUCGGUGAUAUUUGGGAUUAUGGACAGGGAACAGUGGUCGAAAAGCUCGAAACGCUCAUAAAUAGCAAAAUAGCAGAUCUUAUCAAAUUAAUUACUGGUGGUGGAAGUGAGGGCGGUGAGGGCGGUGAGAGCAGUCCCAUUUUUGAGGGUGUGGAACCGAAUUGUAAGCCCGAAACUCGCAAAUAAGACUGAAAAA